AUGGAGGAGACUGUUGAGGAGCAUUUGAUUGGGGCUAAGAUCAAAGUGUUUUAUGGGACGUUCAUUGAUACUCCUUUCAUUGGAAAAUUAAGAGUUAGACAACAUACUGCAGUUGGUGUAAAUGAAAAUGGUACUAUAGUAUUUAUAAAGGAAAAUUGUGAGUCUCCUGAUAUUGCUUUAUUAGAAUACAAUCCUGAUAUUAAUAUCAAUGAUAAUGUGGAGUUUAUAAAUAAACAGUGUGAAAAGGAAUACAGUACUUUCUUCUUUCCUGGAUUUAUCGACACCCAUAUCCAUGCAUCUCAGUACCCCAACUCAGGUAUAUUUGGAAAUACUACUCUGUUAGAUUGGCUAACAAAGUAUACAUUCCCACUUGAGGCAUCGCUAAAAGAUUUAUCAAUAGCUCACAAAGUCUAUACCAAAGUAGUAGAAAGGACAUUAUCCAAUGGUACUACUACCGCCGCAUAUUAUACAACAAUUGAUCCUGAAUCAACGAAAUUGAUGGCCAAAAUAUGUUCUGAAAGAGGUCAGAGAGCUUUAAUCGGGAAAGUCUGCAUGGAUAGAAACAGCCCUGAUACAUAUCAGGAAUCUACCCAUGAAUCUUUGGAAUCAAGUGAUGAAGUUAUUGCAUACAUUCGUAAUACUUUGAAGGAUCCAAAAAUUUUACCUAUUCUAACACCAAGGUUUGCACCAACUUGUUCUUGCGAAUUAAUGAAGGGAUUAUCAAAAUUGGCUCAAAGUUACGAUAACUUACACAUCCAAACGCAUUUAUCUGAAAAUUUAAAAGAAAUUGACUGGGUUAAGGAGCUUUUCCCAGAUUGCUCUUCUUACACAGACGUUUACUAUAAAUAUGGACUAUUGACAAACAAAACUAUUUUAGCACAUUGUGUGCAUCUAAGUAACCCUGAGAUCGAACUAAUUAAAACUGCUGGUGCUGGGGUAGCCCAUUGUCCAAUUGCCAAUACAUCGUUAUCAUCUGGAGAAUGUCAUGUUAGAAAACUUAUUGACGAGGGAGUCAAUGUUGGGUUGGGUACUGACGUUUCAGGUGGGUUUUCUUCUAGCAUCUUAGUAACAGCUAGACAAGCCCAUUUGGUGUCCAGACAUUUAUCUAUGAAAUUCGAGGAUGAGGUUGAUAAAGAUCAUAUGAAAUUAUCUGUAGUUGAUGCUCUGUAUUUAGGGACACAAGGUGGUGCCAAUGUGUUAAACAUGGGUGAUAAAUUAGGAACAUUUGACGUUGGUAAAAAAUUUGACUCCCAAUUGAUUAAUAUCAAUUCUGAAUACGAUCCUGUAGAUAUAUUUCAUUGGCAAGUUCCAUCUGAGAAUAAUGAUAGUUUUACCAUGGAGGAAAUUAUUAGUAAAUGGUUUUUCAAUGGAGAUGAUCGUAAUACCAUUAAUGUUUGGGUUGAUGGAUCACAAAUACUAUAG